AAAAUACUUUUCAACUGUGAUGUGUGUGGCCCAACCCCUGCUCUUGACAGGAAGGUGCCUCUGCUGCCCAAUGCGCGUUUGAUAUCCCUUUCAUUUCUCUUUUUGUUUUUUCUCCUCCGAAACUCCAUCUUCUUUACAGUGUAAGAAAAAGAUCCGUAAGAAAAUCAUUGGAAACUUACCAGUACGAGUUCUUGACCUCAAGAAACCGGAAAAAUUCGAAGUCAUUGGAAUAAAAAGAAAGAAAAGGGCUUUGGAAGUUGGUUACUAAGAUACCAGAAGAAGAAAAAAUAUUGGGCUUGGCUGGAUAUUGUGCCUCUUUAGCCAACACUUACCACGCGGAGCAGGCCUUACACGCGUGGAAAGCAAUUGCUGAACCAAGCGAGCUAGUUGAGGCCAGAAGGGAUCGGUACUAGUUUAUCGCUGUAGGGAUUUUCAUGGCUUCCACCAGCGUGCAAGGAAUAACCUCAUUUUCAUCUUCUUCUCCUCCACUAUAUAUGUAUGAUGUGUUCCUUAGUUUUAGAGGCAAAGACACCCGGAACAACUUUACUAGUCAUCUAUAUUCUAAUCUGGCACAGAGAGGCAUCGAUGUGUACAUGGAUGAUAGGAAGCUCGAGAGAGGAAAGACCAUUGAACCUGCUCUUUGGAAGGCCAUCGAAGAAUCAAGGUUUUCAGUCAUUAUAUUUUCAAGAGAUUACGCUUCUUCACCAUGGUGCUUGGAUGAACUUGUCAAGAUUGUUCAGUGCAUGAAAGAGAUGGGUCAAACUGUUCUGCCAGUUUUUUAUGAUGUGGAUCCCUCAGAGGUAACCGAGCGGAAACGGAAAUAUGAGGAAGCCUUCGGUGAGCAUGAACAAAAUUUCAAGGAAAACUUGGAGAAGGUCCGGAACUGGAAAGAUUGUCUCUCUACGGUGGCCAAUCUAGCUGGCUGGGACGUCCGGAAUAGGAAUGAAUCGGAAUCAAUUAAAAUAAUUGCUGAAUACAUAUCGUACAAACUAAGCGUCACUCUGCCAACAAUUAGCAAAAAAUUAGUUGGAAUAGAUUCUCGUGUAGAGGUAUUAAAUGGCUAUAUAGGUGAAGAAGUAGGCAAAGCAAUCUUCAUAGGGAUUUGCGGAAUGGGUGGCAUAGGUAAGACGACUGUUGCAAGGGUACUAUACGAUAGGAUUCGUUGGCAAUUUGAAGGCAGCUGCUUCUUAGCAAAUGUCAGAGAAGUUUUUGCUGAGAAAGAUGGACCACGCCGUUUACAGGAACAACUUCUUUCUGAAAUCCUAAUGGAACGUGCUUCUGUAUGGGAUUCUUAUAGAGGGAUUGAGAUGAUAAAGCGGAGGUUACGACUUAAAAAGAUUCUUCUUAUCCUUGAUGAUGUAGAUGACAAAAAACAACUAGAAUUCUUGGCUGCGGAGUCUGGAUGGUUUGGUCCAGGGAGCAGAAUUAUCAUAACAAGCAGAGAUAAAAAUGUGUUUACUGGAAAUGAUGAUACUAAAAUUUAUGAGGCUGAGAAAUUGAAUGAUGAUGAUGCUCUUAUGUUAUUUAGCCAAAAAGCUUUCAAAAAUGACCAACCUGCUGAAGAUUUCGUGGAACUAUCCAAGCAAGUUGUGGGUUAUGCUAAUGGCCUUCCACUGGCUCUUGAAGUUAUAGGUUCGUUUUUGUAUGGAAGAAGUAUCCCUGAAUGGAGAGGUGCAAUUAAUAGAAUGAAUGAGAUUCCUGACUGCAAAAUCAUGGAUGUGCUUCGCAUUAGUUUUGAUGGUCUCCAUGAAUCAGAUCAGAAAAUAUUUUUAGACAUUGCAUGUUUCCUGAAGGGGUUUAAAAAAGAUCGAAUAACGAGGAUACUUGACAGCUGUGGAUUCAAUGCAGGUAUUGGAAUACCAGUUCUUAUUGAGAGAUCUCUCAUAAGUGUCUAUGGGGAUCAAGUCUGGAUGCAUAAUUUAUUACAGAUAAUGGGUAAGAGAAUUGUUCGUUGUGAAGACCCUAAAGAGCCUGGAAAGCGCAGUAGAUUGUGGACAUACGAGGAUGUCUGCCUUGCACUGAUGGACAACACAGGAAAAGAAAAAAUAGAAGCAAUAUUCUUGGACAUGCCUAGAAUAAAAGAGUCACAAUGGAACAUGGAAGCCUUCUCUAAAAUGAGCAGACUAAGAUUGCUCAAAAUCAACAACGUGCAGCUUUCUGAAGGACCUGAAGAUCUUUCCAAUAAGUUACAAUUUCUUGAAUGGCAUUCUUACCCUUCAAAAUCGUUGCCAGCUGGUUUACAGGUGAAUGAGCUAGUUGAACUUCACAUGGCUAACAGUAGCAUUGAGCAAUUAUGGUAUGGGUGUAAGAGUGCAGUUAAUUUGAAAAUCAUCAAUCUCAGCAACUCACUAAACCUGAUCAAGACUCCAGAUCUUACUGGAAUUCCAAAUCUCGAGAGUCUGAUUCUGGAAGGUUGUACAAGUUUGUCUGAGGUCCAUCCAUCACUUGGACGUCACAAGAAGCUUCAACAUGUGAAUCUUGUGCAUUGCCAAAGUAUUAGGAUUCUCCCAAGCAACCUUGAAAUGGAAUCGCUUAAAGUUUUCACUCUUGAUGGCUGCUCAAAACUUGAGAAGUUUCCAGAUAUAGUGGGAAACAUGAACUGUUUGAUGAAGCUUUGUUUGGACGGGACUGGUAUUGCUGAACUAUCUUCAUCAAUUCGUCAUUUGAUUGGCUUGGAAGUAUUGAGCAUGAACAACUGCAAGAACCUUGAAAGCAUUCCGAAUAGCAUACGUUGUUUGAAAUCCCUUAAAAAACUCGAUCUGUCUGGUUGCUCUGAACUUCAAAAUAUACCACAGAAUUUGGGGAACGUUAAAAGUUUGGAGGAGUUUGAUGCAAGUGGAACUUCAAUAAGACAACUGCCAGCAUCCCUUUUUGUUUUACAGAAUCUUAAAGUAUUAUCUUUGGAUGGAUUCAAAAGACUAGCUGUGCUGCCUUCUUUGUCUGGUCUGUGUUCUUUAGAAAUACUGGGUUUACGCGCUUGCAAUCUAAGAGAAGGGGCACUUCGUGAAGAUAUUGGCUGCUUAUCUUCAUUGAGGUCCUUAGAUCUGAGCCAGAAUAACUUUGUUAGCUUGCCUAAAAGCAUAAAUAAGCUUUUUGAACUGGAAAUGCUUGUCUUGGAGGAUUGCACGAUGCUUGAAUCAUUGCCUGAGGUUCCAUCUAAGGUUCAAACGGUAUGUUUGAAUGGUUGUAUAAGCCUAAAAACAAUUCCAGAUCCGAUAAGGCUAAGCAGUUCCAAAAUCUCAGAGUUCGUAUGUCUUAACUGCUGGGAAUUGUACAAUCAUUAUGGCCAAGACAGCAUGGGGUUGACCCUACUUGAAAGAUACCUCGAGGGUUUGUCUAAUGCAAGACCUGGAUUUGGCAUCGCCAUUCCAGGAAAUGAAAUUCCAGGCUGGUUUAACCAUCAGAGUAAGGGAUCUUCAAUUAGUGUGCAAGUGCCUAGUGGGAGCAUGGGGUUUGUUGCGUGUGUUGCAUUCGGUGCAAAUGGUGAAAGUCCUUCUCUUUUUUGUCAUUUUAAAGCCAAUGGAAGAGAUAAUUAUCCGUCACCGAUGUGUAUUAGUUGUAACUCUAUACCAGUUCAGUCAGAUCAUAUUUGGCUAUUCUAUCUAUCUUUUGAAUACCUUAAAGAGCUUAAAGAAUGGAAGCAUGGAUCUUUUAGCAACAUUGAGUUGUCAUUUCAUUCUUGCCAGCCUGGAGUAAAGGUGAAGAAUUGUGGUGUAUGUUUGUUAUAUUCUGUAUGUAUUACACCACAACCAUCUUCUGCCCAUUUUAUUGUUACAAGCAAAGAAGCAGCUUCUUCAUUUAAAGCUUCUUUAGCUUUUUCUUCGUCGUACCAUCAAUGGAAGGCCAAUGUUUUCCCUGGCAUCAUCACAGUCGCAGAUCGAGCCUGGAGAUUGAUUGUCCCAGACAGGAAGGAACCAGAGAAAGUAAUGGCAAUUAGAUCAAGACUCUUUGAGGCCAUUGAAGAAUCAGGGCUGUCAAUUAUUAUAUUUGCAAGAGAUUGUGCUUCUUUACCAUGGUGCUUUGAAGAACUUGUCAAGAUUGUCGGAUUCAUGGAUGAGAUGAGAUCGGACACUGUGUUUCCAGUUUCUUGUGAUGUCGAACAAUCAAAGAUAGAUGAUCAAACAGAGAGUUACACAAUUGUCUUUGAUAAGAAUGAAGAAAAUCUCAGGGAAAACGAGGAGAAUGGACAAAGAUGGAUGGAUAUUCUCACUAAAGUUGAGAUUUCAUCUGGAUCGAAUUCAUUGAAAAGUUUCUUUAUACCUGAGCUGCAGCAGCUGUUCGAGGAGCCGGAGCAGCUGCUCGAGCAGCUCAAUCAUAAGCUGAUGCUUGAUAAGGAGCAGGUGCUCCAGCUGUGCUGGCGGCAGCAGCUCGAUGUGCAGGUGCUCCAGCAGCGGCUUGAUGAGCAGCUGCAGGUGCUCCAGCUGGUGCGGCAGCAGGUGCUCCAGCAGCCACAGGUGCUCCAGCAGCGGCAGCAGAAGCUCCAGUGGUGGCAGCAGUUCCAGCAGGGGUGGCAGAAGCAGCUGCACCAGCGGGUGCGGAUCUGGCAGCAGCACCAGCGGGUGCCGGUCGGGCGGAUCAGGCGGAUCGGGCAGCUGCACCAGCAGGUGCAGAUCGAGCAGCUCGAUCAGCAGCAGCUCGAUCAGCAGCAGCUGCUCGAUCAGCAGCUGCUCGAUCAGCAGCAGCUGCUCGAUCGGCAGCAGAGGCAGCGGCAGCAGCUCGAUGAGCAGCUGCUGAUCAAGCAGCUCGAUGAGCAGCUUGAUCAGCAGCGGCAGCAGCAGCAGCUCGCUGAGCAGCUGCUCGAUCAGCAGCAGCUCAUCAGGCUGCUCCAGCAGCAGGUGCUCCAGCAGCAGGAGGUGCUCCGGCAGCAGCAGCAGCUGCUCCAGCUCCAGCAGCAGCAGCACCAGCAGCUGCUCCAGCAGCAGCAGCUCCAGCAGCAGCAGCUCCCUUGGUUUUGGUCAGGAAUUAACUUGCUUUAGCUUGAAGAUCUUCGUCAGUUUUUGCUCAUGGUUUUGGUUUGAGGUAAUUAGAUUCACAUUUUACUAUGUAUGGAUUUUCUUCUUAAAUUUAGGAUAAUCCCAUGUUUGCGGAUGGAAGGAUUGUUUCCAUAUUAAAACUUUUAUGGUUUUGUGCUCUGGAAAAUUUCAACCAUUAUUUUGGAAUCGCUAGUCUGCCUAUUUUUUUAACUCUA